AUGAUGGCCAAAGGGAAGAAGAAAGGAAAGGGAAAGGCUGGCCGUCUCGAGCUCAUCGAGAGCGUCGCUGCUGCCACGGAGAAGGGAGAUGCGGAUUCGCAGGCAGAUGAAGAAGACGAUGAGAUAGCGACGCCGGCGUUUAACAUUGACAAGCUCAAGGCGGAGACAAAAACUCCGUUCCGCACGUUUCGGAUCUUCAUCUACGGGGCUUUUGGUCUGUCUGCUCUGAUCGGCGGAAUAACUUCGCUCACCCAACUGGCCGCAACACUCUCUGACCAGCCGGGAGCCCUGGAGCUUCAGAAGGUGCUGAUCAACCUCCUGGUGGACUUCGGGGUUAUGGCCGCGGCUGCAUUCUGCUACAAUUUCGAAACGUCACAGCAGGAAGACCUGGAGCAAGUGGAAGCGGCCAACCGGGAGAAGCGGCAGAAACUAAAGGCCACCAAGAUAACCGGUGACGUCAACGCCGACAGAGUGAAACAGCUGCGGGCCCUUAGUGUCAAGGUUCCUGGUAGCGGAAGUGGUGCUGAACUCGAAGGAGCGAAAGAGGCGCCAGUGGGCGUUCUCAUGGACGAGGCGAAGCAAGCAUUUUGCGUGUUAGCCGGAGGAAAAGAGUUCGUCCGCGACAGCAUCGUGGCCGCGAUGCUCGCCAAGAACCAGAUUUUCCCCAGCCUCAACCUGUUGGUGGUGCCGGUCGAGAUGGAAGUGGCUAACGAUGGCAAGGGGGCCAAAGGGCUGGCGAAGGGUUUCGGAACUUCGCUGUCUUACGAGGAGCAAGGUUACGUGGCCGCUCCUGUCGACGAAGAUGGAUGGCGCGCACUCAUGGAAGAGGAGUUCGAGGCUGCAGAGAGACAAGGCGUCGUGGCAAAGUCCUCGGGGAAGGACGGGAUUGUGUUGCUAGUGAGCAAGAAGGGGAAGGUGCUGAGGCGGGGGGUGGGCAUCCCCAUGUGGAACAUUAUUAGAGACGAUGUCGACCCGCCUCCGGACAAGAAAAAAGGCAAGAAGUAAAGAUAUCGAUUCGACAUCAUCGUGUCUAGUUCGCUCACGUCGGCACGUGUUCAUAGAGCAGGGUACCUUGAUUGGAUCUGGUGUAUGGUUGAUGGCGGUGGCUCGACCUUUGCCCAGACGUGUGCUAUUCGCCUCUUUGUCGUCGUGCUUCCAACAGCAUCGCCAUCUACGGUAUCUGCCUCCCGGUAAGUGUGGUCGUUGCCUGUGUGUGAACUGGAGAUAAACCCGGGGUGCGGCGCCGGGAACCGUACCGUACAGUAAAUACAGAUACAGGGGGUAAUAAAGAGCAACGUAAAUACGUUCGCCUAUCUGGAGCAGCAGUGACGGGAGCACUGGGUACCCGGCGGCAGCCAGCAAACCUAUGCCUGUGGGCACAUGGCGCGGCUCA